AUGAACAGAACAACAGAGUAUCUGCAGUACAUAGACAAGAAAACACAGGUUCCGCACUCCUCAGACCACGAAAGCUUCUACGACACCAUCAACAGGAAGAUAGGAAAGACCGAGAAGAGGCUGGAAAGGCCCCUGUCGUACAGAGAGAUACUCAGGGUAGAGGAAGAGUUCAGCACCCUUUCCCUCGAAGCUCGCCAGACACUCGAUGUGGUUUCCGUCGAGGGGCCUGCAGACAUCGUGCUCCACUUUGAAGGCGUGAAGAAGAUCAUCGAGACGAAGCUGCAAAGGGUUGAGAGAAGGCUCAGGAGCCUCAAGGACUCAAAGAUGGGAAUGAACAUCGAUCUUGAGCCGGAAAGGCCACAGACAUUCAGGAACGUCGAGAAGGUUCAGAUGAUGGAGGAGGAAAACAAGAGGCUGGUGGAGGGCUACAACAUUGAGGGAUAUCGGCUAACGAGGAGACGACUUCUCGAGGUCGAGGCCCUUCAGGACACAAUCUUCCAACACCUGACUCUUCAGGAUGAGAGGAUAGACGGCAUAAUAGACCUCACAUCAAGGGCUGGAAAGUGUGUUUCAGGCAGCAACGAAGCGCUAGGAAAGAUAAAGAAUUCGGGACAGUUUCUUCGUAGAUUCUUGUUUAUUCUGUUGCUUUGUCUGUCUUUCAUCCUCCUAUUCCUCCACUACUACUACAAAUAG